UACGCCGCGCCACGCGAGCGUGCUUCAGCAGGGGCACUUCCGGCGCGACUGGCCUAGACUGUCACCCUGUUAGCGGCCGCUGAGCCUCCGCUAACUACCCAGCGCCUGCUGCUGCCCUCCCGGCCACGCCAUGGAGCGUCUUGAUAAAGCAGCGCUGAAUGCGCUGCAGCCUCCAGAGUUCAGAAAUGAAAACUCUUUAGCUGCAACCCUGAAGACACUGCUGUUCUUCACAGCUUUAAUGAUCACGGUUCCUAUCGGCUUGUAUUUUACAACGAAAGCUUAUAUAUUUGAAGGUGCCCUUGGAAUGUCUAAUAGGGACAGCUAUUUUUAUGCCGCAAUUGUUGCUGUUGUUGCUGUUCAUGUGGUUCUGGCCCUGUUUGUCUAUGUGGCCUGGAAUGAAGGCUCACGACAGUGGCGUGAAGGCAAACAGGAUUAAAGUGAACAUCACCUUUUGAUAGCAUGAAAUUUAUUUUUGAAUAUGUUACAUAAUUCUGGGGUAUUGAUAAUAAAUACAUUUGUUUGAAUAAAGUUGAAAGAACAUGUUAAAAUCAGUCUUAAAGAGUCAGUCACAUUUGGCUAAAUCUUGACCCACCCAGUAAUAUGGUUACUUGGAACUUUGAAUCUCCAUUUGCAAAUGAAAAUUUGGAAAUGUUGGAGAGGUACAGAUGUAUAUGUUACAUGAGUUAUCUCUUAUCCUAGGAAGAACUUACAUAUCUUACAAUAGCAAAAGUGAUAGCAAUGUGGCUUAUACUUGCUUUUCAGUUUUAUUUAUUUGGGUAUAUUAAGAAAUACUUCAUGAAGCAAAUCUAAAUUUCCUUUUUUAUUGAAGGACUUCGCUGGAAAUUACCAGGCUCUUGGGUUUGAGAUUCUACUUCCCUUACAAGUUACUUACAUUGUAGGCAUUGUAGUUCAUCUGACUUUUAAGUCAGUGAGGAAAGACUGCUCUCACAUUCCAUUAUUUCACGGGGAGAGUCACUGGAACCACACUAUUCACGCAAAAGGGUGUAGGAUUACUGAGGACAACGAACUGGGCUGACUGCCAGCAUUGUGAAUAUCACACUAUCAUUGUGCCCUCAUUUUGCUUUGAAAUUAGGUUUCAGUUGCAAAGUUUAUCGAAAUUCCACUUAAUGUGUUGUCCUAGUUUAAAAUAGUUUUAGAAUACCAAAAUGUUCAGCAUUUACAAAUUGAGAGUCUAUACAGGCUUGAAACAUCACAAUUUUUAUGAGGUGUUCUUGAAGUUGUUUUGUCUGUUAAUCUUUUUUUUUUAAUGACAUCUCAGCUACAUCCUGAGCAUAAGCUACAUUCUAAGAUAAUCCUUAGAGUCUUUUUUGAUUAGAACAACCUUGCGCCUGAAAAAAAGCCCAGUUACCUUGGUACCUUCAGUCUCUGGUCAGACAGACCUUUUGGUACUGUGUAUAUGUAUAAAAACGUCAACCCCCAAAUAUUUAUUUCUGAUUGAUUAAAAGAUAAUAUAUUUUGGAAAACACUGGAAAAUAAUUAUAAAAAUUAAAAAAGCAAAAAAUUUCCCAUAAUGUUAACUACCUGCAGAUUAUCAGUAGUUUAGUUCACAACCCCUGUAUAACUACACUAAAACCUUGUUUUAAAUUUAGGUCUUGUCAACUUCACCAAAGAGCUGUUUGCAGUUUUUCCGAUGUGUGGUAAUUGCCCAUUGCCUUACAAAGUAUAUACUAUCUUUAUUAUUUUAAAAUUCCCAUUUCAAUGUUUUCACCAUAAAGAAAUAUAAAAAUUUGAGGUGAUAACCUAGUUUAAAUACUGUAUAAUAUUGCAUAUCUCAAAACAUUACAGGCACCCAUAAGCACGUAUGCUUCUUGUUUUUAUAUGUCAAUUAAAUUGAAUUGUAAAAAUGAAGAAAUUUCAAAUACCUGUUACUAGUAAUCCUAAUAUAAUAAAUGGCCCCUGCUUAAAUAUUUGCCAUUAUUGAUUGUUGGUCUACUGUUAUUUUCAUGCUGUGGAACUAGACUAGAGAAAUAGGUGAUUGGAUAUAAAAAUAUGUGUUUGUGUUAUUGUUAUAAACAACAAGGUUAUUGUGAUUUUAAAAAGAGUGUUCUUAAUUCUUAAAUUUAACAGUUGUGUGUAGUUUAAAUAUAUUUAAAAAUGAGCAUUCUAACGAUGAGAGUCUUUAUUUUGUAAAGACUACAGUUUUUAGUAUUAUGAUAUUUGAGUCUUACACAUUGUGUGCUAGAUAGAGUUCUAGAGGGUUGGUUCCCUUAUUAGGUGGCCUAUUAUAUUUAGAAUUGUCCAUUCAGUUUCUUUUUACGUAAUGCCAAGGCUUUUUUCUUGUACUUUAGGAAUAUUGUACUAUUUGUAAAAUAUACUGUUGGAUUAUUUUAUUUUAUUUCAAACGUUUGCUAACUAAUGGUACAGGUCUUUUAAAAAGUAUUUUAACCAGGGAUACAUGUAAACACAUGUAAUUUUCCCUUGGCAAUAAAGUACAAUGUGUUUGAACAUUAAAA